UCAGAAUUCACUGACAUGUACAUUUGAUAACCCUCUAACAUGAACGCCUUCUCUGUUAUAAAACCAUAUUGGUUUCACCAUCUCAUCCAUAACUCACACUCUCUCUUAUCUCCUUUCCUUUCAUUGUAGUUAACGAAAAGAUUACGAUAAUGGCAACAUCAGCUAUCCAGCAAUCCUCCUUCGCCGGCCAAACGGCUCUCAAGCCCUCCAACGAACUCCUCCGCAAGGUUGGUGUAUCCGGUGGUGGCCGUGUGACCAUGCGUCGUACCGUCAAGUCUACUCCUCAAAGCAUCUGGUACGGACCAGACCGUCCCAAGUACUUAGGACCAUUCUCGGAGAAUACACCGUCCUACCUAACCGGAGAAUACCCCGGAGACUACGGCUGGGACACCGCUGGACUCUCGGCUGACCCGGAGACAUUCGCUAAGAACCGUGAGCUUGAAGUAAUCCACAGCAGAUGGGCUAUGUUGGGUGCUCUCGGAUGCACAUUCCCUGAGAUUCUCUCCAAGAACGGUGUUAAAUUCGGAGAAGCCGUGUGGUUCAAGGCAGGUUCUCAGAUUUUCUCAGAAGGAGGUCUUGAUUACCUCGGAAACCCUAACUUGAUCCACGCGCAAAGCAUCUUAGCCAUCUGGGCUGUUCAAGUUGUGCUCAUGGGGUUCAUUGAAGGCUACAGAAUCGGAGGUGGACCUCUCGGAGAAGGGCUUGACCCGCUUUACCCCGGAGGUGCGUUCGACCCAUUGAACUUGGCUGAGGAUCCAGAGGCUUUCUCUGAGCUGAAGGUGAAGGAGCUUAAGAACGGUCGUCUUGCCAUGUUCUCUAUGUUUGGAUUCUUUGUCCAAGCCAUUGUUACUGGUAAAGGUCCCAUUGAGAACUUAUUUGAUCAUUUGGCUGAUCCUGUGGCUAACAACGCCUGGUCUUACGCUACUAACUUUGUCCCCGGAAAUUAAUUAUCUUAUGUAUUUGCUUCAUAAUCUCUCUGCUUUGUAAAGUCGUGAAUGUACUUAUUGGUGUUUUAUGUGAGUUUGGUACUUAAUGAUUUUUAUUUUGUGGGUACUUUUUUUUGAAUCGUGAUGAAAGAUUUUGUUUCACAGAUGCAGGUGAGUUUGUUUUGGCACCAGAAAAAACCUUUAAUGAACCACACCACCCUGUUAUGUUCUCUGUUAUUAUCCGUAAAAGUAGGCCUGGACACGGAACGGAUAUUCGAAAAAAUUAUGAUAUUUGUUAUUCGAUUCGUUUUAACCGAAUACUUGAUUUUGUAAUUUGCUUUGGUUCGAAAAUUUUCGGAUAUCUGGAUUUUUUUGUGAUAUUUGGGGAUAUCCGCUUUGAUAAAUAUAAAUAUUAAAAAAAAUUGUAAACUAUAUAAUCAUAUCAGAUAUUCAAAGUUUUUAUGUAACAUCCUUUCAAAA